CAGCGAAGGAGAGCAUACUGUUCGUCUGUAUUGUCACGUUCCAGAGAACCGUCGCAAUAUAAUACAGCUUGUCGUUAGAGCUCACUUGGAUUCAAUAAUAUCAGUCGGUGCACAUUUCGUGAGAAUAGAUGUGUAAGGUUCAUGAGGGACAUGCUUGUACUAGCUCCUCUCCGAAUGUACGGAUAUUUAUUAGUCGGACUUCUAACCGCCUGUGUAGAUUGCCCUGAAACAACAUGUUCUCCAGGUUUCUGGGGCCCAGAGUGCGAUGAGCCCUGCCCGACCAACUGUGACGAGGAGGAAUCAACCAAGAAAGUCUACUGUGACAAACCAACUGGCAACUGUGCUGAAGGCUGUAAAGCAGGAUACUACAAGCCACGUUGUGAUGAGAGAUGCAAGGACUGCACAAGUGGACGUUGCAUGCAAGUGGAUGGUGCCUGUUUGCCAGGGGGAUCGUCUGGGGUUCUUCACCCCAACACACUUCUCGUAAUGCUGGGUAUACUGAAUCUAGUCUAUGGAAACAGAAUAGCCGUGAUAACUCUUACCCUGUCAUAUCUAGUCGUUUAUGCUGAUGCCUGUGGCUGCACGUACUGUAAACAUCUGCAGUGUGACUCCUCUGGACAUUGUCUUCAUGGAUGUGCUGAGUCUUACAACUAUGGUCCAAAAUGUCAAUAUGAGUGCCCGAAUAAUUGCAAUGACCUUCAGUGUACGGUAGCCACAAAUGGACAACCUAAAUGUGCGGCAGGGUGCAAAGACGGAUUCUGGGGAACUCACUGCGCCAUUCCCUGUAACAAGAGAUGUGGAAGAUGUAACGGCGUUGACGCAUGCCUGUCCUGUAAUUCCCAUUACUUUGGACCUGAUUGUCAGUCCGACUGCAUUGAGAAGUGCAAGGGGAUGUCUUGUAAUCCAGAUGGCACCUGCAGAUCAGACACGUGUGUUGACGGGUGGUAUGGUCCGUACUGCCACAUAGAGUGUUCCUCCACAUGUAAAACCUGUGAUAAAGUCACGGGGACGUGCACCAGCUGUGAUGUUGGCUGGUAUGGUCUGGACUGUGCAGAUCAAUGUCCCCAAAUUCCAGAUAGCACCUUCUGUUCAAGGCUGCGUGACGCAGACAUAUGCCCAGUUUGCGCUUAUAAAAGUCACGUAAAACCGGACAUUUGUGGUUCCCCAUCCAAUUGGAAUCUUUUCACAAACAUCGGGCUUCUCUGCUUGUCAACAAUGACGGUUCUGGCCCUGAGUACAGCCUGAUGUCACCGUUAGGAAACCCAGCACCAUAUGGACGACAGCAGAUGAUCGAACCCGGGCAACGAAACCAGAAACAUUGAUUUUUAUUUCAUUGUUUGUUGAAAUACUUCUAUAUCUACCUCCUAAAACCUCCGUAACCGAUGUGUGGAUAUGCCUGGAUAAGUGAGCCCGCCCGAUUUCGAUGGGAUCAGGAUUUCUUAAAAUACAUUUAAGUUAGAGAACUGAAUUUUUAAAUGAUUGAGUUACAAAAUAUCUCGUCCUAGAUUAAUGGGAACACGUUUAUAUGUGAAAGCAUGCUAAAUAUGUGAAAGCAUGCUAAAAGUGUGUUGCCGUGUCAAGCCGUCUCGUCAUCUCAACACGAAAUCCUCCACAUACAAAUAGAAAGUAAGAGAUGUGGAAAGAAAUAUAAUUACAUUCAAGGAGAAAUCAUGAUCAAAACAGUAAAGCAGCAAUGAUCAAGGGCCAUAAGUGGUUGAAAGAAAUUGUGACACUAUUUGUAAAUCUCUUAUAUAAAGUUUGUCCUAAAGUCACGCAGUGUGCACGGACUUGUCAAGGAUGGAGCAAGGGCCAUAACUCUGUACAAAUAUUUUAAUACAACAAUAAAACCGGAUUACACAGAGUCCGGAUUUGACAGAUUCCACUGUAUAUCAAUUUUCGAACUCAUUUGAGAUCGGGACCACUAACGUCAAUGCGUAAUUUCCAUUUCACUAACUUAAACAGUUAUACUUAUCUACUGUUGACUUUAGAGUAAUACAAACCCCAGUGUGGACGUGUUUCCCCCCUUUUACGUGUAUUUGUGUACGGUUUGUUUUGCAUUGAUUUACAGGUUAUAGUUAUAGACAUCAGCCGGUAUUGCAAGCUGACUGUAUCUAUACAGAGAUUUAUUAGUUUCCCUUAUGAUUCAUGGCAUAUAUUUCCAACGGCUAUAAACACCCCCAAACCUCUUUUCGUGAUUUUCGUAAACUCACUAUAAACGCCCAAUGAUGAAUUACUUAAUUCACUUAAUACGGUAAAGUACCGUGCUUGCCCCCAUUGUUUGGGGUUCAGGACAGGCUUGCUGGGGAUCUGCCUGUCUGAACUGAUAGGCCACAGGUUACUGGUUAUUACAUAUUGGUUGUUUUCAGAUGAUGUUGGCGUUAUAUAUUAUCAAGCGUUGGUUGACAUACCAGUAUUGAUUUUGGGUGGUGCCAUAUCUAGGAAUAUUAUUAUUAUUAUCGUAGGAUAUUUAAAUAGAGCACAUAUCCAGGCAACUAGUUCAUGCUCACGCAUGCGCUGGUAAUUUUUCCCUCGAUCAUUGGAUGUCAAUCUCAACGGCACAUUGUAGUAUCAAUCUCAACUCCCUGGGGAGUAUACAACUCUUGCAGCCACUAGGCGCACCGAGUUAUUGUGGCUUUCUCAUCCUAACGAAGUACGAAUAUGUUAUGGUAUAUUUUGUUUUGCACGGUAUAGAUAUAUGAUGUAAGGUGUUAUAUAUAAGGACUAAUAUUGUUGCCAUGGAAAAGUGUGGGUUGAUAAUGGUGCCAUGGUGAGGUUUUGGCUGUCAAUGAUUCAUUACAUUUCGCCCAACCAAAGGAUAUGCUGGCCAAUAAUAAAGCUAGUUGGAACAUUAUACUACGCACAACUGAACUCACUGUAUACUGUUUUCAUCUUGAUUUCGCUGAUGAAGUGUCCCUAAAAUAUAUGGCGUAUGUUUAACAACGCUUUAUGUACAGUGAUAAACAACCAGGCAAAAGUAUAUAUAUAUGCAUAUAUUACAUAGAUAAAUAAAGACAGAAUGCCUUUUUCUCCAA